GCACACCCACCGCGCUGCUCCUCGGGAAACUGUCCGUACGCGGCAGUCCCGCGCUUCGCCGCAGCAUCCUGAAGGGGCACUUGACUUUGUCCUCCUCCCUCCAGCGUUUGCCGUGCGGUAAAAGGAGCGCUCACAGAUGCCUGCUGCUGCUCACUCGCUGCUGACUGCGCACCGCUUCUGAUCUAAGUCCGCUUCUUCUCGGGAAAAUGAAGCGCAGCCCCGGCUUCCUCCAGGUGCACAGCGCAUCCGAUGGCCCUCGCCUUGUCCCUUCGCUUUCCGGCAUCGACCAGCCCAAUGCGCCACUUCGCUCGGCUGCGGUCCCAGUUGAUGGAUUCUGACAUGGACUAUGAGAGGCCAAACGUUGAGACCAUCAAGUGCGUGGUGGUGGGGGACAACGCAGUAGGCAAGACCCGGCUGAUCUGUGCCCGAGCCUGUAACGCAACACUCACGCAGUACCAGCUACUGGCUACCCACGUUCCAACUGUCUGGGCCAUCGACCAGUAUCGCGUGUGCCAAGAGGUUCUGGAACGAUCCAGGGAUGUGGUGGAUGAUGUCAGCGUUUCACUUCGUCUCUGGGACACUUUUGGGGAUCACCACAAAGACCGCCGCUUUGCUUAUGGCAGGUCGGACGUGGUGGUGCUGUGUUUUUCCAUCGCGAACCCCAACUCCUUGCACCAUGUGAGGACCAUGUGGUACCCAGAGAUCAAACACUUCUGCCCACGUGCCCCUGUCAUCCUGGUGGGUUGCCAGCUGGACUUGCGCUAUGCUGAUCUGGAGGCUGUAAACAGAGCUCGGCGCCCCUUAGCCAGGCCAAUAAAGUCCAAUGAGAUCCUGGCACCAGAGAAGGGCCGUGAGGUGGCCAAGGAGCUCGGUGUACCAUAUUAUGAGACCAGCGUUGUGGCACAGUUUGGAAUAAAAGAUGUUUUUGACAACGCCAUCCGUGCAGCACUCAUUUCAAGACGCCACCUGCAGUUCUGGAAGUCCCACCUCCGCAACGUGCAGCGGCCCCUCCUGCAGGCACCCUUCCUGCCACCCAAGCCUCCGCCUCCCAUAAUCACUGUGCCUGCCCCCCCGUCUACGGUUGAAGAGCAUCCAGGCCGCCUGCUUGAGGACCCACUGUGUGCCGAUGUCAUCCUGGUCCUGGAGGAGCACCAACGCCUCUUUGCCCACAAGAUCUACCUGGCCACAGCCUCGUCGAAGUUCUAUGACCUCUUCCUCAUGGACCUCGGACUGGUGGAGCAAGAGGAAGAAGAAGAUGUGCCACCUCGGGCACCUUCUCUGCACAGUCGGGACCCUCCGGUGCGAGCAGCCAGCUUCGACGUGCGUGAGAGUAGCGAGGAGGCUGCCCGUGCCGGACCCCGGGCCUGCACCAGCGACGGUGCCCUGAAAGGAGGUGGCUCCGAGGGCAGCCGGAGAGGCCGAUUGCUCUCUACCUGGAGCCGGGCUUUCGUCAGUAUCCAAGAGGAGAUGGUAGAGGACCCAACCACAUACAGCCCCCGGCUGACGACGGUGGUGCGCAUGGACCCCUCGGUGCAGCUGGGACCCUUUCGGGCUGUGCUGCGUUACCUGUACACAGGUGAACUGGACGUUCAUGAGAAGGACCUGAUGCACAUUGCACAUAUUGCAGAAUUACUAGAGGUUUUUGAUCUGCGGAUGAUGGUUGCCAACAUCCUCAACAACGAGGCCUUCAUGAACCAGGAGAUCACCAAGGCCUUUCAUGUGCGCCGCACUAACAGGGUUAAAGAGUGCCUGGCCAAGGGAACCUUCUCAGAUGUGGUGUUCAGACUGGAUGAUGGAACAAUCCUGGCUCAUAAACCACUGCUCAUCUCCAGCUGUGACUGGAUGGCAGCCAUGUUUGGGGGACCCUUCGUAGAGAGCUGCACAAAGGAGGUGUUGUUCCCCAACACCACAUGCAGCUCUAUGCGGGCUGUGAUGGAAUACCUGUACACUGGACGAUUCUGUUCACGGCCUGACUUGGACCCCAUGGAACUCAUCGUUCUUGCUAAUCGUCUCUGCUUACCACACCUUGUUGCUCUUACAGAACUCUACACAGUGACUGUUCUGAUGGAGGCAGCUAUGAUGGGUGCUGACAUUGACGGGGAUGUGCUGGUAUACCUUGAGAUGGCUCAGUUCCAUUGCGCCCACCAGCUCACUGACUGGUGCCUUCACCAUAUCUGCACCAACUACAACAGCGUAUGCCGUAAAUUUCCCAGAGACAUGAAGGCCAAAUCUGCUGAGAACCAAGACUACUUUGAGAAGCACCGCUGGCCGCCAGUUUGGUACCUGAAGGAAGAUGACCAUUACCAGAGAGCACGUAAGGAAAGAGAGAAGGAGGAUUUCCUGUAUCAGAAGCGUCAAUGCAAGCGCAAAUGGCUCUUCUGGAACCUUCCUUCCUCACCGUCAUCAAGCUCCUCCUCCGGUCCCUCGGCCGUUGUCUGAGCAGUUUUUCUGGGAAAGGUGCCGGCCCAUCCUAGGAUCUGGCUGAAUUGUGGACCGUGGAGCUUCAGAAAGGCUGGCCAGGCAAGCCAAUUUCUUCAGGCCACAGCGUCCGCAGUUAAUGUCGGCUAUCUGCAGCAGAGCCCUGCUCGCACUGGUCCUGAAGAGGUCUCGCAGACUUUGCUGAAUACCGAUAUGGGAUGAGGGAAUGGGGCCGAGUAAGGAUAUUUUGCUUUUUUCCAACGCUUAGCAAUUUUUACCGCACUUCUGCAGCAGAUGCAAGUUUUGAAAUGCUGGGACUCUAACUUCGUCCUCAGAGUUCGGAAGUUUCCAGCUGUAUAAAUAAGGGGCAGUAGAUGCUGCUGCUGACAUAUUUUUGUUGCAGUUCCAGCAUAUGCCACCAAAGGGACUAAAGUGUUCCAGACCGACCGCAAGGGAUUUCUGUGUCGUGGCAUAUUUUAGGCUCUCAAACUGUUAACCUGAAAAUGAGAACAAUGUGCAUAGCACCUGCAGCAGUGAAGGAAACGGCCAGCAAACACAUGAAAACCAAUCUCAGUUAUUCACACGUUUAUCGCGGCUUUUUAGAAUCUGCGGCUCAUAUCUGAUGGGCUAAAAAGUCCGAUCCUGGAUGGCUCUCACUGAAGUUUGGAAUUCAGUUCUGUAGUCGUAGUAUUGUGAUUGUAGUGUGCACAUGUGAGUGUUCCUGUCCAGCUGGUGGCUCUGCAGAUGUUGAGUUGAAGUGUACGUGUCCUUGUGUUUUCCUUAUGGUGUGUGUCCACCUUGCCAGACGAGGGCUUCCUUCAGCAACACCCAUAGUGAAACUUGUAUAGUUUCAAAGAGAAAAACUUUUCCACGUAGAAACAGUGAAGUAUAUUUUCUUUAAAUAUACUGUGCACAAUCAGAUCGGGUUUUUUACAGCUGCUUAUGUAAUUAAAGCUACUGGAUAUGUGUCCUGCAUAUCUUGAACUGCAGAGCUUUAAUCAAAAUGUUUGAUAGAUGACCCGUUUUGAUGGGAUUGUCUUCCUGUCCCAUGUCCUAUCAAGGAUGGUCUGUGGGCUCAAACUUUGUUUUUUUUAUUAUGGGAUGUCAACAGGGCUCCAGGUUUGCCCCGUCUGGUGUCUAAAAGACUAGGUCUGGAAGCUCCUGCUCUGCUUGAUGGAAGCGUGUUUGUAAGAAUGGUCACCAUGCAGCUGAGCUUUUCCAUGCUGCCUCCAAUUCUGGGCUCCUUUUCAUCAUCCACUGUCUCCAUGGGUAUCUCCAACUAGACACUGCUAAGGACUGUCAAGUGCUGUCUAUCAGACAGCCAUCUAUAUAGGCCAGCCACUCAGUCUCUGAGAUGUGAGGAUCCAGGGAUGAAUUCAUCAGUACGUUGACCAUGUAAAAUGCUUCUCAGGCAGCAAAUGCUUGACACGGUUGCAUUGAGUAUACUGCUUUUUCCCCAAGCAUAUUUUGAGUUUUUGACUUCUUUUGGCUGAAGAAGGGUCCAGCAUUUCACACAUAUUCUUAAAUGUUGCUCAUCAUAGAUGCAUAGCUGUUUUUUUCAGCACAUACAGUACAAUGUUUUGUUUAUACUUUGAAGGUAGUUUGUUUACAGCAAAAGCUUGUUUUACUGUGCCAGGAUUCAUCCACUGGUAGCCUCCUUUUAUGUUACAUAUUUAAAAUGGUGGCUUCAUGCACUCAGCAUAUUUAAAAUGGAAAAUAUAGUUUAUACCUAUUUUUAAGUAAGAAAUAACAGAUUUCCUUGCACUGUGUAUGCCAACAAAAAUGAAAGUACAGUUACCUGCACGUAGAAAUACUUAUAAAUAGUACCUUAUUAAAUUUCCCUUAUUGGCAACAAAAUGAACAUAUUAACUUGACAUGUUUCUGCUUGUAUGCUCAGAGUACAAAGGUAGGAUGCAUGUGCAAGAAAGGAUUUGCGUGAAUAUAAUUUAAUAUACUCAUUCACAGAAAGCAUUUCUUAAAAGGCUAUGUUUCAGAAAAAGGCAAACAGAGGUCGUCUAAUUGUAAAGUGAAGUCUUUAAGGAAGUUAAAGGUUGGUGUCGAUAUAGUGGCUCAUAUUUUGUCAUGCAGUGCUACUGUAACAUCUAAGUUCUGAAUGUAGAUAUACUGUACUGUGCCUAUAUGUAACUGCAGAGGAUCUUUAUGUCAAUCAAUCUAAAACCAGCGUUCUCUGGUUUAUGGUUUUCUACAGGCAUCCCACACAUUCUUCCACCUGCAGGGCAUGCUGCCACAUUCACAAAACACCACCGAAAAG